UGAAGCAGCGCUUCAUUAUAACUGGCAUUGUGUCACUAAAUACAGCUCCAUCAGAAUAUGACUCAGUCUGUAGUUCAGAGGAAGUGAACAAACACAGGAAGAGCUGAUAGUGUUCAAAGAAAGAGAUAAGAUCAUAUACUGAAGAGAAAGACUGAGAGACAGAGAGAAUGUCUGAUAAUAAUCAUCUGUGUCUGCUGGGACUGAUCUUUCUCUCUUCACUUCUCACAGGUAUCAGUGGAGUGGAUGAGACUCAUGUGUUCAUCAGUUCUGGUGAAGAUGUCCGUCUGCCCUGUAAUAAUGCUCUUCAGGACUGUACAUCAAAUACAUGGCUCUAUAAUAACAGAUUCAGAGAUUCAGCAGCAGUUGAACUGAUUCAUUUAGGGAGAAAUAAUAAAGACACAGAGAGUCAUGAGAGACUGAGUCUGGAGUCUGACUGCUCUCUGAACAUCAGGAACAUCUCAACAGAAGAUUAUGGAUCUUACACCUGCAGACAAUAUGUGAAUCACACACGACUAACACCUGAUGCUCUUGUUAAUCUUCAUGUUCUUCAUGUCUCAUCCUCACACACUGAGAUCAGUGCAGGUCUCUCUGUGACUCUCUUCUGUCGGCUGUAUUCAUAUCCUCGAGUCUCUUGUGAUGAUUGGAUCCGUUCUGAGAGAAUUGAUCUGUUCUGGGUGAAUCAGGCUGGUGUUAAAUCAGACUCCAGAUAUCAGAUAUCAUCCUCAUCAGAUCACUGUAUCAUCUCUCUGAAUAAAACACUCCUGAAUGAAGAUCACAACAGAGAGUGGAGAUGUAAUGUUACUCACAGAGAUCAAGUCAAGAGCUCAGUCACAUACACUGUCAAGAGUUCAGGUGAGAAAACAUCUCAUCAAUCUGUCUUCCGGCAAACACUCAUUCUUGAUUCUCUUCAUCUGUCCAUCUUUCCUGCAGUGAUUGUGAUUAUUGUUGAGUUUGCUGUGUUUGCUGCUCCUACUGUGAUUCUUCUUCAGAUCAUCUGUGCAAGAAGAGCUGAGAGGAAGGACUCGCAGCAGCCAGAGGAAAUAGAGAUUAAUACAAUAAUAGAAUAAAAUAUUCUACAAACAACAGGCCAGACUAAAGCAAGAUUUAUACUCAUCGCUAUGAACGUUAUGGAUAUUUG